UCAAGUAUAGAGAGUUAAGAGGUUUAAGCUUUCAUUUUCUUUUCCUUUUUCCACUUACCUCAAAAUCUUGACGGCUAGAACCCAAGAGUCAUUUCAUUUGAAGAAGAGAUGGAGAAGAGCCCGGCGCCAUUUUCAGAUAUUGGCAGACGGGCAAGAGAUCUACUGACCAAAGACUACACUUAUGAUCAGAAGUUCACCUUCUCUAUUCCGAGCUCCAGUGGGGUGGGAAUAACAGCUACUGGUGUGAAUAAAGAUCAAAUUUUUGUUGGUGAUAUAAGUACUCAAUAUAAGCUCGGAAGUACAGUUGUUGAUAUCAAAGUUGAUACCUAUUCCAAUGUCUCAACAAAAGUUACUCUGGUUGACGUUUUCCGAUCCUCGAAAGUGUCAUUAGGCUUUGACAUACCUGAUCACAAGUCUGGCAAGCUUGAUGUUCAGUACCUUCAUCAGCAUGCUGCCAUCAAUUCCAGUAUUGGUUUAAAUCCCUCCCCUCUCUUGGAGCUGUCUGCUGCUAUUGGCAGCAAGGAUUUAGCCCUUGGUGGUGAAAUUGGAUUUAAUACUGCUUCAUCUUCUUUUACCAAGUGCAACGCAGGGAUUAGUUUUAACAAACCGGAUUUUUCUGCUGCAGUUAUGUUAAUGGACAGGGGACAAGCCGUGAGGGCAUCAUAUGUACAAUCGGUGGACCCAACAAACAGAACUGAAGUUGCUGCAGAGAUGAUACACAGAUUCACUACCUAUGAGAAUAGUUUCAGCAUCGGGAGUGCUCUCAGAGUCGAUCCGUUAACAUCUGUGAAGACUAGAUUUUCCGACAAUGGGAAGGUUGCAAUGCUUUGUCAGCGGGAAUGGAGGCCAAAGUCGCUUAUUACUUUCUCAGCCGAGUAUGACACAAAGGCAAAGAAUUCAGUACCUAAGUUGGGUCUUUGCCUUGCUUUGAAGCCAUAGAGAGUGCUAGCGAAUUCAACCAAUUUUACUUGGUAGCUUGACUUUGUUAAAAUUCUUUCAAAGGCCUAAAGUGUGGCCUUUACAUCUUACAUCAUUUUUUUUUUUUUUUUGUCAGAUUCAUAUAAUGAUGAUAAAUUUGAAAGAAUAUGUUGUUACAGGAGUAUUGUUGCAUAAGCUUCUUCAAGGUUUACUGGAUUUCUAUUACCUUGAAACUACUUGAUACUAUGUAAUUUUUGGAGAAUAUGAAAUAUUUCUGAUGCCUCA